CCCUGACAGGUGGCAUCCUUGCCUUGGAGCCAAAAGCUCUGCCCUCCGGGCAUGGGGCCCGCCCCCAGGACUCUUGGGGUCCUCCCCUUCCUCCUGGCACCUGCCCCACCCUGGGCUCCGGAGGCUGCCCCUCCUUGUGCCAUGCUUGUUUCCUGGUCUUAAACACUCUCUGGGGAAGGAGUGCAGCCGCAGGGCUCUUUGGGCAAAGGGGUGGCAGGGAGGCCCAGCCCUGAGGCAGCUUGGGAUCUGGCUGUCUAGGGAGAGGAAACUGAGUCCCAGGUGAGCCGCAUUUCCUCUGGGGCCUGGGAUGAAUGAGGAGCCUGCAGAGGGGAGGAUUCUGGGAGCUGCAGGGUCUGCCUCCAGGGUGCUCCAUCCCUUCUGUUCCAGGCCAGCAUUUUGAACUCCGGACAACUUGGGAUCCCUCCGAGGGGUGGGCAGUGACCAGCGGGCCUAGGCAGAGGCCCCCGAGGGACAUGAGACAGCUGUGCCUGGAGGGAGAGGUGGCCGGGCAUUGGGUGGGCAGAGGCUGCUAGGGCAGAGUCCCAGGCGCUUCCCCCUGCUCCCGGCCCAUGGCAGCCUCCCAGCUGGCAGCUCUAGAGGAGGCUGGGGAAGGGGGGGCGGAUGAGGCCCCGGUGGGGGGGGCAGACCCCACCCUCCUGUACUCGGAGGGCCAGAGGCUGGCGCUGGAGACCCUGCUGAGUGAGGGAGCCGGGGCCUUCGCCUCCUGCCUGCUUCGGGAGAGGCUCCUGCCCUUCCUGGCAGCCGACGAGAUCCAGAGCCUGGUGAGCCAGGCGGAGGAGCCGGCGGCCAGGGCUGGGGAGGGCGGGGAGGCUGAGGACCAGGAGACGGGGGCCCGGGCUCCCGAGUGGGCCAGCCUGACCUACUUCCCGAGCCGCUCGGAUGAGCCCCCCCCGGACCUGGGCCUGGGCUGGCCGGAGUCCCAGGUGUGGAAGGGAAUCACCCGGGCCCGGCUCUACACCCAGCCCCCUGCCGACGGGGACCCCUCCAUCAAGGAGCUGCUGAGGAAGACUAUCCGGGAGGCCCAGAAGCUCGUAGCGCUCGUCAUGGACGUCUUCACGGACCCCGAUCUCCUGCUGGACCUCCGAGAGGCCGCCACCCGGCGCAGGGUGCCCGUUUACAUCCUCCUGGGCCACCGCCACCUCCCGGCCUUCCUGGCCCUGGCCCAGCAGCUGGGGGUGAACCCCCGAGCCACGGAGUGCUUGGAGGUGCGGGCCCUGCGAGGCUGCGACUUCCAGAGCCGGCGGAGGAAGCACGUGAGCGGGGACCUGAGGGAGAAGUUCCUGCUGGUGGACGGAGACAGCGUCAUCACCGGCUCCUACAGUUUUACGUGGAGCGAUUCCCGCCUGCACCGCCACCUGGUGACCCUGCUGACCGGCGAGAUCGCGGACACCUUUGACCGCGAGUUCCGGACGCUGUACGCCGCCUCGCAGCCCCUGAGCCCCUCCUCCGCCUCCGGCCCCUUCCUCAGCGUGCUGGAGGGCGUGCAGCUGGCCCGCAGCCCCCACCACAUCGCCCGCCGGCGCUCCGUCGCCCCCGUCUUGCUACCCCCCCUCCAGGCCCUCGAGGACACCAAGAGGCCCUCCGGGCCGGCCCUCAGCGAUAUCCUGAGGAACAUCCAGAGGGUUCGGCCCACCAGCAGCCCCUGCGCCCGGCCCAGCCGGUCCCUGUGGGACCUGAGCCGCAUCUCCCAGGCGGGCUCCAGCGACGGGGAGGGCCCGCCCGGGAGAGAGCCAAAGAGCCAGUGGGCCGUCCAGGACACCCCUGCCAUGGCCCUGAUGAGGCAGCGGGGGGCGAGCGAGGACCCCAGGGCCCUGGCGCGACGCUGGGCCAACCCUGGCCGCCCCGUGACCACGGGCCGAUUCCUCUACCCCUCCCAGUCCCUUUGGAGGCUCGGGGAGGCUCCCGGGCAGCACGGCCGUGGGCAGCCGGACUGGGCCAGCCAGGGAGCGGACCACUGACCCGGCCCCUUCGGCGAGCACCGCCUACACUGGACAAGGCCGGACCUUCCCAACCGGGGUCACCCCGGGAGAAGAGCGGCCCAGAGCAGGCGCGAGGCGGGGAAGGGGCUCUGGGACCUCUGCCCCGGGUCAUCUCCCCCAGGAGCCCCGGCCCAGGUGGGAGAGGCUGUGCCCGCCGCGUUGGGAAGGGCCGGCUCUGAAUCACCGUCCGCCACCCGGGCCGCACGGCCCAGCCUAGCUCUGACUCAGGCCCUUCCCACGCCUCUGGCACCCACAGCAGCCUCCUGCCCGCCUCAAAUACCGGCCCGGCUCCCUCCCGCCAGGCCCGGAAUCCGGCCCCGCCCCCGUCAUGGCCCCGGCUCCCUCCCGCCCCUUCCCAGGUCCCGGCCCCGCCCCCGUCAUGUCCCGGGCUCCCUCCUGCCCGCCUCAGAUACCGGCCCCGCUCCCUCCCGCCAGGCCCGGACUCCCGCCCCACCCAGGUCCCGGCCCCGCCCCCGUCAUGGCCCCGGCUCCCUCCCGCCCCUUCCCAGGUCCCGGCCCCGCCCCCGUCAUGUCUCGGGCUCCCUCCCGCCCCUUCCCAGGUCCCGGCCCCGCCCCCGUCAUGGCCCGGGCUCCCUCCUGCCCGCCUCAGAUACCGGCCCGGCUCCCUCCCGCCAGGCCCGGACUCCGGCCCCGCCCCCGUCAUGGCCCCGGCUCCCUCCCGCCCCUUCCCAGGUCCCGGCCCCGCCCCCGUCAUGGCCCCGGCUCCCUCCUGCCCGCCUCCCUCCCGCCAGGCCCAGGUCCUGGCCCCGCCCCCGUCCUGGCCCCGGCUCCCUCCCGGCCCCGCCCCCGUCAUGGCCCGGACUCCGGCCCCGCCCCCGUCAUGGCCCCGGCUCCCUCCCGCCCCGCUAGGAAAGAGCAGAGG